AUGCCCUCCCCAAUGGCCACCUCUGCUUUCAUGCUCCUCUUGGCAACCACGCCGCUUUGCAGUGGCAGCACUUUCAAAUUUCCUCGUUAUUGGAAUACGACGUCGUCGGCUGCCUCUGACGUCUCGUCAACCCUUUCCAGUGAGACGAUAUCUCUGACUGCAACGUCUUCUACCCCUGCCUCGGCCUCUGCCUCUGAGACCAUCCUCCCCAACCCUCCCCGCGUCGGUGUUGCUACUCAUCUGGGAUGCCACGACUCCUCGUCAGGGUUCCCCAGCUUCAGCCUCUCUCUUACCGAUGAGCUGAUGACCCUCGAACUCUGCGUGCGUACUUGCACGAGCGAAAACCGGUUGUACUCCGGGCUCUUCGACACUAGAUGCUACUGCGGUGAUGUCGUAGAGGCUCCCGCAGUCGUCCAAGUCGGCGAGGAUCAGUGCAACAUCCUCUGCCCCGGAAACAAGGCCGAGCGCUGUGGUGGCCGCGUAGGUCUUGCGAAGCGCCAGAUCCCCGACGCUUUCCGCCUGUCAAUUUACGCCAACACGGAAAUCGUCUCGGGCGCAAGCUCCGCCUCCGCUUCAGCCUCCGCUUCCGGUCCGGCUCUUACCAACAGCAUCACAGCUGCGGACUCCGCUGUGACUAGCACGUUCACAACUACCGUCACAGGAACUGUCACCAAAUGUCCUCCCGGUGUGUUGAACUGUCCCAUCGGAUCUCUCACCACUGCUGUUAGCACCGUCACGACGACCUACACCGCUCUCCCGACCUCCCUCCCGUGCCCCAACGGCGAGUGCUACCACCUGCCCUGCUUUGGCCAAGACUGUAACCAGAAGGUUACGUGCUACGGAGACUACGUCAGCUACAGUUCCCAGUGCUCCUGCGCAGCUGACCGCCGCCGCAUUGUCUGCGAAGAUGGAGUUUGCUACCCCGAAACCUGCAGCGGAGACGACUGCGGCCGUAAGAUCGUUUGCGAGAACGGGCAAUGCCGGUACUCCCGGUGCCGGGGCGACGAGUGCACCAAGGAGAAGAUCACCUGCUACGGCAACGUUUGCAAGAUCGAGCAGUGCGAGGGAGAUGAGUGCGACAAGAAAUACGUCUGCGCCGACGGCACCUGCAGCCACCAAUCCUGCCCGCUCAAGGAGGUCAACAUCAAGUACGAGUGUUCCGGCGAGCAGUGCAACGUGGUCGAGCCCUGCAAGGGAGAUGGCUGCCCCAUGCCUCAGCCUCCGAACCCAUCCAAGCAUCUCGAGGCGUCCGGUGUCCCCCCUCAAUACCAGCCCGCCUCGGUUAGCACUCCUGGUGCUUUCAAGCCUGCCGUCAGUAUUGUCCAGCCUACCAUCAGUCCUGUUCGGUCUGCCGUCAUUACUGGGGAGUCAAGCACGGCACUGCCUCCGAAGCCAUCCGUCGUUACCGCAGGUUCGAGCAAGUCCAUCGCGUCGUGCGGCUUCUUCACGUUGACUGUGGGUGCCAUUGCUGGCUUGGGCUUCCUGCUUUGA